AAGAAUUCAUGAUGCUAUAAUGAAGACAACUCUCAUGACUAUUCUACUUCAAUUCAUUAAGUUCACACUGAGAUUGAAAAAAUUCACAGAAGUUCACACUCCAACCAUAUUUUACACUUCACUAAACACUUCUAUUAAAAAGGAGAAAAACCCUUUUACGCUUUUAUCAAAACAGCCGCUAGCUUUUACAAAAUCAAGGAUCGAAUGCUUGUCUAAAUUUGAUAAAAAUUUCUUGGUUCCAUUCAAGCUCUUUGGAAAAUAUUUCAGCAUUAAAGCUUAUUUGACCCAACAGUUUACUCCAAAUCCUCAAACCCACUUCCCCAGCAGAAAAUCAUUGUAAUCCUAAGCUCCUAGAUAUUCAUCAGUAUCCCAUGGCAUUGACCUCAACACCCAUCCUGAUAAUUUGCAUUGUCAUCUCUCUAGUCUACAUUUCCUCUGCUCAAACCUGCUCAGACUACACCUUUUCAACUAACCGAGCAUUCAAUUCCUGCAUUGACCUUCCAGUAUUACAGAGCCAUCUGCACUGGAACUACAUUCCAUCCACCAGAAGCAUUCAGAUUGCUUACAGAGCAACUCAAACUUCUACAGGAUGGAUUGCAUGGGCAAUCAAUCCAACUGGAACAAGCAUGAUUGGAUCGCAGGCUAUUGUUGCUUUUCUCAAUGCUAAUGGGACUAUGACAGCUUAUACAACACCAAUAACCAGUUACAACCCUUCAAUGAAACAAGCAGCUCUUAGCUUUCGGGUUUCAAACAUCUCAGCAACAUAUGCCAAAAAUGAAAUGACUAUUUUUGGUGUUGUGGGCCCACUAAAAAAUGGAACAACUGUUAAUCACGUCUGGCAAGCUGGAAGUUCGGUUGUAAACAGUAUCCCUCAGAUGCAUCCAACAUCAGGCCCCAACAUUCAAUCGGUAGGUAUUCUAGAUUUUCUUUCAAGGUAGAAACAAAAAUUAGACUCUAGAAUGGCUGUCCUCAAGUUUGCCUCCUUCAAUACUUUAAUUUUGCUAUGAAUAUGUUUACCAACAUUACAUGUUUUCACAUGAUCGUUAAUGUAGACUCUGCAGAUAUAAGAAUUUUCAGUGACGUCUACUUUAA